ACACAUCAUAAUUGUGGAGCCAGUUCUAUCUUGGCAGAAUUAUAGUGCAGUAAUGUGAAAAACAGAAGAUUGAUCAAUGAAGACUAAAAGGAGAACUGGAAUCUGAUGCUAAGAAAAAGUAUGAAACAUUUUAAUAGCAACAUGGAGGCAGAGGAAAGUCCCUUGUCUUCCCGAUUUCUGGAUAUAGAGGAAUACGAUUUAGAAGAAAAAAUACUAAUUGUCUGUCUUCCGAUCUGCAUUUUGGGAUUCAUAGGAAAUUCAAUUAUUUUGUGGCUCCUUUGCUGCAAGAUCAAGAUUAAAUUAAGCCUGUAUUUUGUGUGUGUGGCAGCUGCUAAUAACAUUAUGACCUUCAGCAUCAUUUUUGAGUAUGUUAUGUUUUUUGCACCAGUGAAUUUCAGUUUAAUGUAUCACCAUGUAUUGCAUAUUUUGUAUUUAAGCAGUCAUCAGGUCGGCUUUUAUAUCUUUACAGCGAUCGCUGCUGAAAGAUGGUGUAUUCACUUUUUCCCUAUUUGGUAUAAACAGUUUCGGCCCGUGAAUUUCUCAGCCAUUAUGUCCUUUUUCUUGUGGGGGUUCACCACCCUGUUAUCAAUUGUGACCCACUAUAUUUGCUCUCCAAUAAAAGAAAUACACUUCAGUGACAUUGAGAGUUGUACAACUUCAACCAUCAUAGAAAUCAUCACUCAAACCAUUUUUAUUCCAAGUAUGGUAUUUUUUUCUUUGGGCAUAUGGAUUAGAAUUCAUGUGAGACAAGAGGAAGCUCCUCCACUGAGACUAGACAUCGUCAUUGUAACCACAGUUCUUCUCUUUCUGAUGUUGAAUGUACCGCUUAACUUAGCUAGGAUCUUAAUGUACUGGGUCAACAGCAUAGAUGGAUAUAUUCUGAGUAACCUUAGCGCACUGUUUGAGUCUAUCAUUAGUUCUGCCAGUCCUUUGAUAUAUCUCAUUGUUGGGUAUUGGAAGAAGCCGAAAAUGGAGAUAUCCUGUGUGUGUCUUGGAAUAGCUUUGUCAGACAAAACUGUCAUGACUGUAAAAACACAAACACAGACUGAAAAACCAACAACUGUAUGCAUAGAAGAAAAUGGAUGUGCAUUCUCUGCUGCAAAAUAA